UGUGAGUGGGUGUAUUUGUAAAGAAGGAACUCCCUCAACCUGCCCAAAGGGUAGGCCUAAAGAGUUGAUUCCCUCUUCUAACCGCAAAUAAAACUGAAAAAGCAAGGGACUCCUGAGGCUGCAGUAUCACACCUUAUGCGCCAUGGGUGGAUUUAUCGGAUUUGGGUGGUUUGUUCUGCUGAUUGCAGUUGUAAUUGUAGCUGCUCAAAAGAAGCUGUCUAGAAAUAUCGGCACACAAUGCCUGGGAAAUGUCAUGCGUGUGGAUAUUGGUCCACUUGGAGGAAAAAUUCUUGAAGUUGCUGCUGUGAUGAAUAACGCCACCGUCUUUCUUACACCAAGUAUGGCCUCUCAGUGUGGCCUCAGUGUGACAGUAUGCCAGUUUGGCAAUGCCAGGAUCUAUGCCUCCCUUCAGAACUGUUUUGCCCAAACUGUGGACUAUACAGCUUUCACAACAACAUUAAAACUUCACCUACACGGGAACCAGAUGGGUGAAGAUGAGCUGUACCAGGUGUCUGAAACCUGCCUCUACACUACCUGGGCCUCCAGGGACAUUAUCUGUGAACGCAACUAUAUGGAGGUGUCCAUGAAAAGGGCAGCUCCAGAUGAUUAUGUCCUGCCUAAACAUCCUGCCAAAGGGGCCAAUUCAAGGUUUGGUGAUCCUCGACAAGAUGCUGAGAAACGCCCCGUAGAGGCAGGAUCCGGAAUGAACACGCUCAUCAUCACCACUCGUGCUCCAAGGCUGCUCCUGAGAAGUCCGAAGACUUCCCCUGAAACAUACACCCAGAUUGUCGCGGGAGUGCCCAUGACUGUUGUCAAAACAUCAACUUUAUUUGAAAAGAAGUGGCUGGCGACUGAAAUCGACGCAGCAGCUGCUUGUCCAAUACUGGAGGGAAGUGUGUUCUUCACCGCAUACUCAAUCAGCUGGUUCCUGCCGAGGCACAUCGACCCUUUGAUUUCCUCGGGUCAUUACCAACUGUUGGAAGUCCACAUGGGCGUCGAUGGUCAGAAACUGGACGCUGCUGAGAUGGCUGCCAGACAAUACUCUCUGACAGUCAGUGACAUGCACAUCAUUGUUGAAAUCCCAAUUGGGGCUGUUGGCGGUUACUUUAAGAGUCACGUUCAGGAUGGUCAAUACCUCACAUCCUACACGAUUGAGCCGAUGAUAGAGAUGCUUUGGACUGAAGACUCCACUCACGGGGACACUCGUUACAAAGUCCUUCUUCCCAUCACAACACCAUUACUGUCUCGACCUCCACAAGUCAUCGACAACACUAUCCCUGAGGAGCGGGUUUUUAAAGUGCUAUUCGGGCCCUUCAGCUCUGAUGUGGCUCUAAUAAACAUUACCUUCCCCUCUGAGGUUCUCUCUGAGGCAGACUGCAAAGUCAGAGGCAUUAAUGUCUUGGAGCAGAUGUAUCCUGAGAGCAGCUCCAAGGUCUUAACUGUAGAGGUGCCUUUCACAGACCAGGUUGUGCUUCAAAUGACUGAAAUGGGGAUAACUGUCUACAUUCUUGACAUCACCUUAGGCCUGGUGGUCCUGCCGGAGUUGGCGCCAUUUACUCACACUGCUUAUCUGGAAGCCAAAUUAGUAGAAAAUGUUCCUCCCUCCAUUUCUGGUGCCUGUGAUUACCAAAACUUCUACGUCUUGGUUAAAUACGGGACCCACGGCUUCAACUUUCAGACCACAGUGGGGAAGCAGAUUUUAACCCCUAGCCUGGCUCAGCAGUAUAGCUUCAUGGAGAACGGGACACACUUUAGCUUUGCUGUGCCCUUUUCUUCCCCUGAUGUCGUGUUUGAGUCUGUUCAGUCGUCAACUAUCAGGAGCAGACUAGAUGUGGUUUUGAAAAACCCAGAAACCAGCAAAACAAUCAAAGAAUUCUCCAUGUCUUGCAAUAACAUUUCACCACUAACAGAGUGUUUUCCUAAUGGCACAAUGACAGCCUGGGCUGUCAAACUGGAGUCUGUUCCCAGUCUGAACCCCAGUCAGCUCACACUCAAAGACCCCACCUGUGGUCCCGUCUUCAGCGACGACCACUACGCUUAUUUUGUCUUCACUGCAAACUCCUGUGGGACGACCAGAAAGUUUUUGCCCAACAUGAUGCUGUAUGAGAAUGAAAUCUCUCUGCCGGAUGAACUGGAAAGAAAAAAACAGGAUUCAAAGAAUGAAGAGCCAGAGUUUGAAUUAAAGGUGUCAUGUUACUAUGACAUCAACAAAACGCACGCUGUGGCCUUCCAUGCCAGACCUCGCAGGAGUCAGCCGUAUGCUGAAAAUGCAAAAGGAGAACUCCAGGUGGAAAUUAGACUUGCUUCCGACGACUCGUACAGUGCGUUUCACAGAGUGGAGGAUUAUCCUGUAGCAAAGUACCUGCUGCAGUCGCUGUACUUUGAGGUGGAACUAAUGAGGUCAACGAACUCCAAACUGUCUGUGGAGCUGGAGAACUGCUGGGCCACGCUGGAUGAAGACAGGACAUCCCAACCAAGGUGGAACCUCAUCAUAAACGGCUGUGCAAACCCAGUGGAUCCGUACCAGUUGAUCCUCCAUCCAGUUUGGCGUGAUGACAGAGUUCAGUAUCCCUCUCACUUUAAGCGCUUUGAGGUCAGCAUGUUUGCCUUCUCUGAAGACAAAGAAACUUUGAGUCGCCAGGUUUAUGUCCACUGUGACGUGGUGAUCUGUGAUGCCAGAAAUCCUCAGGGUGGAGUUUGUACUGGGCCGUGUUCAAACCAGGAAAACAAACUUAAAGGUCAAAGACGUGCUGUUCCUCACAAAGACAGUGUCAAACAUGUGUCUUCAGGACCCAUAAAUCUGAGUUAACAAACAUAAUAAAAGCUUUUUAAACAAA